AUGGGACGGUACGUCCCUCCAGAGCUCGAAGGAGUCGUCUCCUUCAACGCCGCCUCCAACAAACGCGUCGGCAUUCGCCCCGACGGCACCCAGACAGUUCGUUUCGAGCUCCCCUACAGUAUCUGGUGCACCACCUGUCCAAAACCCACCAUAAUCGGGCAAGGCGUCCGCUUCAAUGCCGAGAAGAAGAAAGUCGGCAACUAUUUCUCAACACCAAUCUUCUCCUUCCGCUUCAAACACAUUCAAUGCGGGGGCCCGAUCGAGAUACGAACUGAUCCGAAGAACACGGCGUAUGUAGUUACGGAAGGGGCAAAGAAGAGGGAUACGGGCGAGGAUAGGCUAAGGGAAGGGGAGGUGAUCAUUGCGGAUGGGAAGACGGAGGAAGAGAAGAAGAGAUUGGAAGGAGAUGCAUUUGCCAGGCUGGAGGAAGGCAAUCAGGAUAAGGCGGUCGCAAAGACGGAGAAGGCGAGGAUUGAGCAGCUGUAUAGGAAUAACGAGAGGGACUGGGAUGAUCCAGGGGAGGCGAACAGGAGACUACGAAAGGCAUUCAGGGUAGGAAGGAAGGUAAGGCAAGGAAGGGCGGAAGCCACGGAGGCACUACAAGAGCGGAUGGGAAUCGGGAUCGACUUGCUAGAAGAGACGGAAGAGGACAAGAGAAGGGCAGGGCACGUAGAAUUUGGUGAUGUCGAAGGGAAAGUUGCGCUGGCGAGAGCAGCCACGAGACCUAUGUUCAGUACUAAUAAGCAGGGCAAAUCCGGCUCGAAGAAAGCAAAAUCGAUGAAGGGAGCUAAAGCUGUAAAAGCUCGAAAGGAAGAUCUUCGCAAAGAACUUGCGGAUAAUACACGAGCGGUCCUUGACCCAUUUCUAGGCGACCACCUGAAAGGAGGCAGACCCGAUCCGCCGCCAUUAUUACGAAAGCGAAAACAAGAAGAAACCUUCCCGGCAAAUGAGGCAUCAGCUCUCGAGACCGCUGCAGAAGAGCCUAACGUACAAUCUGAGCCAAGAGACAAGCCCACGACCGCUUUGCCGCUUGUCGACUAUGACUCAGACUGA